AUGGUACAAGUCUCAUUGACGGUUGGAAAGCUAGACGCUUCCUUGGCGUUGCUUCUGACAAAAGAUCAUCACUUAAUUGAGUUUCCCACGAUUCUUUUACCAGAUGGUAUCACCGCGGGAUCUAUAGUUAGAAUCACUUGUGAUCGGAAUUUAGAGGAGGAACAAAAAGAGAAGGAACAAUUUGAACAAGUUCAGGAAGAGAUUUACGACCUUUUUGGCAAGAACACACCUCAAGCACCAGUUCUCAGAGUUCUCAAUGUUACCCAAACUAGUUGUGUGUUGGAAUGGGACCCACUAGAAUUAGGUACAUCUUCCAUCAAAUCAUUGACUUUAUACAAAAAUGGCGAACGGUUAGGUCAGAUCCCAAAUCCACUAGUUAACACUAAUACAAAAUUGUCAGGAUUACCCAUUGAUACUCCAUAUGAGUUCCAAUUACGACUGACUACCACAGCUGGUGUUUACACAUCCAACAAUGUUCAAUUGAGAACACACAAGAUGACUGAUUUAAGUGGAAUUACAGUUUGUGUUGGUGAGAUUGAACCCAACGAUGCGUUUACAAUUGAGGAUAUUGAAGAGAGUCUUCGUAAGGUUGGAGCACGACCAAUGCAGAGAGAAGUUAAAGUCGAUACCACGCAUUUUAUCUGCACAAAGAGUGUUGGACCGGAAUGGGAGAAGGCUGAAAAAAUGAUUAUACCUGUCGUUAGACCUGAAUGGAUUAAAGCUUGUGAGUUGGAAAGACGUAUUAUUGGUGUGAGAAACUUCUAUGUAAAUGCUGAAGAUACUUCUGCAUGGACUCAGAAGAACUAUUGGAGUAAAACUGAACAUCAAACUCCAAAAUCUGAAGCACCUAUAGCUGGUGAAACAUCUGAGCAAAAAACUGCUGACAAUUCUAAGGUCGAGGAUCCAACUAUUGUGGAGUCCAAAACUGAUGAGCCAAACCUUGAAGCACCAACCAUCGAAGCGCCAAAGAUUGAAACACCAACCAUUGAAGAGCCAAAGAUUGAAGAGCCAAAGAUUGAGGUGCCAACGAUUGAGGUGCCAACGAUUGAAGAACCAAUAAUUGACGCACCAACCAUCGAGGAGCCAAAAAUUGAAGCACCAACCAUCGAAGAGCCUAAACUUGAAGAACCAAAAAUUGAAGCACCAACAAUUGUGGAAAAGGUUGUUGUAGCGCCAGAGGUUGAAGAAACAACUAUUGUGGAACCAACCAUUGAGGAGCCAGUGAUUGAAGAGCAGAAAAGUGAGGAAUCGAAGAAUGAAGAGUCAACUGGAGAACCAUCUAAGACCCCAACUGAAAAUAUAACUGAAAUUUCAGUGGUUCAAGAGCCUACAGCCAUCGAUCCUACGAUUGAGGAGCCAGUGUAUGAAAAGGUUGUGGUGACUGAUCCCACGAUUGAAGAACCAGUACUUGAUCAAACAUUGAGUAAUGCAUCUAUCGAUGAUCCCAAUACUAAGACCGAAAGUGUUGUGGGGCAAGUGGCUGAAGAGCCAACCGUUGAGGAGCCAACUGCCAACAAUCAACCCAUUGAAGAACCAGAUAUCCAAGAAACCCCUACCGAGGUGCCGACGAUCGAACCACCAGUUGAUUUGAAUCGCCCUGAUGAAGAUCUGAACCAAGAAAUUGAUGCCACGAAAGGAUUAGAAUCCAAUGAAGCUCCAGAAGUCCCUGCUGGGGAUCUAAACUCGGAAACGGAAGAGCAGGAGGACGAUGUUUCACAUGCCCAGUCAAGCCCAGCGCUGGUAGGUUUACAACCUAACUCAAAGAAAGGUUCCAAGAAGAAGAAGAAGAAGGGCAAGAAAUGA